AUGGCAUUCGCCGCAAUGUCCUUUGAUGUAAACGAACAGCUAAAUCAGUAUCUCGACGAGUGGAAAAAUGAUGCGCCAAAUGAAAAUGUCAUCGAAAUCUUAUCAAAAAUUUCAGAAGUUAUCGAAAAGGAAACUGAAACGUACUACAAAAUGGAUCCUGAUCCGUUUGACGACAGACAUCCAAGCCGGGCCAAGCCGACUUGCUCUUUCGGACCCCUUUUGAAGAAUCUUUUUAAGAAUGACGAUUUUAUGAAUAAGCUUGUCAAUGAUUAUCUAAUGAAUCGGGAUGAUAAAGAACUUCAGAUUGCUUCAUGCCGUUUAGUGCUCGACAUACUGCCGGGUCUGGAAACUUCUGUUGUUUUCAACGACACUGAUGGACUUCUAGAAAGACUUUUAAGCUGGGCUCGAAGUGCCGAAGAACCUCUUCAAUCUUAUGCGAUAGGACUGCUAGCUGCUGCUAUGGAUGUUCAGGAUAUCGCCGCACACUCCAAAGAGCAAAACAUACAACUUAUGCCAAUCAUGAUUGUUAAGCUAAAAGAUUUAAUUAAGAAAAGUCUCAGUGAAUCAAAUCACAUAGAAGACGAAGAGAUUCCUCAUCAAACUCCACAUAAGCGAAGACGCAUCUCAAGUCCUUCCAAUGAAUGCUCCAACAGCAGCUGGGCAGAAAUGGAACCUCUAAUGAUCGGCUCGGCCAAGAUUUUUCCUUUGACUAAUGAAAUUAGUCAGCGGUUCAUUUACCAGUACUUGACAUCACUUGGAGUGUAUCAAGAUAUGCUGAGCUUCGUUUUUGAGCACAGCGUCCUUUCACUGAUACUGAACACCAUAGACUUGAAUAAAAACGGUGACGUCCGCCUGGCGUUUGAUGCUUUAAAGUACCUAGCUUCACUACUUUGCCACAAGAAGUUUGCUCUUGAGUUUGUAAACGCUGGAGGAAUUCAAAGUUUGCUUAAAGUAAACCGCCAAUCUGUUGCUGCCAACGGUGUUGCAUAUUGCCUCAAUUGCAUUGCUUAUCAUGACGAUGUAAUGGAGAAGAUUUGUUUUUUGCCUCACCAUGUUUUAGAGAACUUGGUUUCAUAUGCUUUAUGGCUGAUUGAAACCUCUCACGAUUCAAGUCGCUCAAACGCAAUGAUUUUCUUUAGCCUCUCUUUUUCUUAUCGCAUGAUUUUGAAUCUAUUUGACAGUCAAGAUGGUUUUAGGAAAAUUAUCAAUGAAAUUUCAAUGAUUGAUUUGUUCUCUUCGCCAAGUUCUACGUACUCGGAAGAUGAAAUUUUCACGAAGCGGCAAUGGGCGCGACUGAUCAACAUCAACGUACCUCCAUACAAAACAAUCAACUACGAUUACGAGUUGUACAUGGAGCACGUGGAAGCCCUCCUUCACCUAAUGCCCACUCGUGCUCAAUGGCGACCUGUAGAUGACUUGAUCAAGUUUAAUGGCGCCAAGUUGCUCAUUCAGUACAUUAGUUUAUCCUAUGACUGGAACUUUACCGGAAAGGCUGAUGCCGUUCGUAGUGCUUUAGACGUUCUAGUGGUUUGCAGUGUAAUGGCCAAAUUUCAAGCGCUUCUUGGCGAUAGUGUGGUCAUAAAUGAAGGCCAUUCAACUGCUGGGAUGAGAAUCAUCUUAGCAGCAGCUUGUGGUGAUAUUGUCAAUGAUGCAGACUGUCAGCGAUCAGCCCUGAAUGUGAUCAUCAACUGUGUUUGUGGCCCUCUAACCCGACCUGGCAACUCAACGAUUCGUCUUUCAAUGAGCAGUUCAAAGAAAAAGUCCAAGUGUUAUGAUGAUGUUCUAAAGCAAAUGUGGACAUCGGUUCGCUUCAACAACGGAAUUAUGAUUCUUCUCAACUUAAUGAUGAUCAAAACUCCAAUCACUGAUGCCGACUCAAUUAGGACAUUGAGCUGCAAGGCACUCUGCGGAUUGGCUCGAAGUGAAACAGUUCGACAAGUAAUGGGAAAGUUGCCCUUGUUUUCUAAUGGUCAAAUACAAGCUUUACUGAAAGAGCCAAUUUUGCAAGAUAAGCGGAGCGAACACAUUAAGUUUGUCAAGUACUGCCUUGAAUUAAUUGCCAGCGUAACUGGUGCACCAGUCGAAACGACUAGUCUUGAAGAUUCAGUUGGAAACAAUCUCAAUAAAGCUGAAGUUAUAACUCAAACUAAAAUUGUUUUCAACGAGAAAGAGCUGCUUCAACUCAUUUAUAAACAUCUAGUGGAAAAAGGCCUCUCAAAGACUGCACAAGCUUUGGUCGAUGAAGCUAAACUCACUGAAUUUGCUAACAGUUUUGCUAAGAACAGUAGCUUUAGUAAAUUUAAUACCCCACCAAGAGCACUUCCCCGCGUGUAUUCUGGGAACCUGCUCUACGUAGGAACUGAUAAUGGAGAACUGCACGUUUUUAACUACCUUACCAGUGAAAUUGAAACCACAUUUCCCUGCUACGAUUCCAUUGUCUCCUCUAUUGAACCGUCCUGGGAUGGGAAAAUGCUUUUAACUUCGAGCUAUUGGGAUUCGCCUAACUCAAUUCUCUGGAGCGUCACUGAAUCUUCAUUGGAUCAAAAACUUAGCUUUACGCAUGAUAAUCACGUCGAGUUUGGUAAAGCCGUGCAAGACAAGGUUUUGGGGACCGCCGAGUUUGCUGCACAUCUUUAUAGUCUUGGCACUGGGCAACUCGUUAGAACAUUUGACGACGAAGAUUAUGCUAAUCGUUACGUUAAGAACAUAGCCACAUUUCAUCCAAGUGAUCAUUUGAUUUUGAACGACGGCGUCCUUUGGGAUAUUCGCUCUGAAAAGCCAAUUCACAAGUUCGACAAGUUUAACCAACACAUUAAUGGAAUAUUUCACCCUAAUGGCCAGGAAAUCAUUUCCAACUCUGAAAUUUGGGACAUUAAGACUUAUAAGCUACUGAACACAGUUCCAGCUUUAAGUGGGAGCCACAUUAAGUUUAACAAAAGAGGCAAUGUCAUUUAUGGAGUCUACGAAGAUGACUCUACUGAAGACUUGGAAGAGGACAAAUUACCGUUUAGCUCAUCCUAUCGCACCUUUGAUGGCCGAGACUACUCAAGCAUAGCAACGAUUGACGUGAAGCGGUCAAUAACUCAUUUAGCAAUCGAUCCAAGCGACAAUUACAUUGCCAUCAUUGAGAACCAAUGCAAUAGAGACACUAGCAUCUUUUCACAUGACAAGGUUGCACGCGUUUACGAGAUUGGCAAAUGUCGCGAAGAAGAUGACGAGGAGCGAGAUGAUGAUGACGAAGACGAAGGGGACGAAGAGUCGGAUGGUGAUUCCUAUGAUGAUGACGAUGACGACAUAAUGGCAGAUGAGCUCAUGUCCGAUUCAUCCUCCAAUGCUCUCGAUUUAACCGACAUGGAAAGCGAAUACGAAACCAGCAACAGUUCUUCAAUUUCUUCCGAUGAUGAAAGCGAUGAAGAGAUUUUUUACCAAUUAAAUAAUUAG